AUGAGUCAACAACACAACAACAAAAUAAAUUCUCCUGCUCUCAGUUCUGGAGUGGAUCAUCAUCAUCAUGAUGAUGCAUCUCCCUAUUGUGUGGGUGAUAUCAUUUGGUUAAAAAUACCGGGAUGUCCAUAUUGGCCCUCUAAGAUUCUCAAUUCCAAUGAUAAAUCCAUUCCAUCUUCUGUCUUACAAGCAAGAGAAUCUACAAGUCAAGUACUUGUGGAAUUUAUCAAUGCUGCGAGUGGUGAAGAAUAUUAUUGGGUGGAUUUAUCUAAAGAGAGUAAUCAUAAAUUAUUCUCAGAAGAACCAUACAUGUUAGAUUCCAAUCCAAGUGCAUUAAAAGAACCAUUAUUAAAGAAGGCAAUUAAAAUAGCUAAGGAAAAGUGUGGAAUUUCACCAUUGGUGACAACCACCUCUCAGAAAAAGAAAAAAACUACUUCUAAAAAAAGAAAGAGUGAGGAAGAAGAAGAAACUUCAACAACACAUAAUGAUGAUGAGGAAGAAGAAGAGUUCGAUACAACUAGUAAAGAAGCAUCACCUCAAAAAAAGAAGACAAAAAAGAUCGACACUUCUCAACCUUCUUCUGAUAAAGUAGUAUUAACAGAUGAUGAACUUGCAAAUAUUCAAAUGGAAUUAGAUAAGGCAAUUUCAAAUCAAGAUUUAAAAUCAAUCAAGGAAUUUAUCAAAUUUAUUCAUGACAAGUGUACAGACAUUACAGUAGAACAAUUGAAAAAAGUUAAAAUUGGUAAAUCAGUGGCAAGUCUUAGAAAGAGUGAAGAUCAACAAGUGGCAAGUAUGGCUAAAGAAUUGGUGAAACAAUGGACCAAUAAGGUGACAAGUGCUGACUCUAAUGUUACCACCACCACCACCACCACCACCACUACGACUACGACUAGUACUCCUACGACUACUACCACUACUCCAACUACCAAAUCUGACCCACCUUCAUCCAAGAGUAAGAAACAAAGCAAUAGUACUACCUCAUCUUCAUCCACUCCUCCAACUAGCACCACUCCUCCAAAAAAGAGCGCCAAUUCAACUCCCACUAUUAAAUCUCCCACCAAAUCGACGACCGCCACUGCCCCGCAAAAACUACCCGUCAAACCGCUUACCAAAUCCAGUAGUGUCAGUAGUAAUUUAUCAUCCAAUUCUUCUUCUAAAUCACCACCGACGACUCCUUUACCUCAAAUGAAUUUGAGUGCAAUUCCUCAAGUUUCAAAUGAUGAAUCAAGAAAUAGAUGGAGAACAAAGAUUGCACAAGGUCUUUCUCUUGUUAAAGAUGCAACUGAGAAUAAGGUGAUUGAAUUGUGUGUUGAAAUUGAAAAUGUAGUGUUCAAUUACUUUAAAUCAAAUCCUCAUAUUCAUAACAACACAUAUGAUGAUCAAUGUAGAACAUUGGGAAGAAAUUUAUGUGAUUCUAAGAAUGAAGAUUUUAGAUCCAAUGUUUAUCAUGGUGUUAUUGCUAUUGAUGCACUUCCAACAAUGAAAGUACAAGAAAUGGCAUCUAAGGAGAAACAGAAAGAACGUCAAAUUUUGCAAGAAAGAAAACAACAUCAAGAUAUGGUUGCUAAACCAGCAGAAGUGGAAUCGAGCAUGUUUAGAUGUGGUAAAUGCAAACAAACAAAAUGUACCUAUUUUGAAAUGCAAACAAGAUCAGCGGAUGAACCCAUGACUGCUUUUAUUACUUGUCUUAAUUGUGGAAAUAAGUGGAAACAGUGA